AUGCUGAUGCACAAAACCAGCGGACUAAGCAUCGCUCAUCGCCAACGUCGGGUGGUUUAUGGAGGUUGGCCGCUCGGGUCCCACAGCCGGUGGAGCAGGCUUGGGUCCGUUAAGGCCAACAAAAGCGAUACGCAAAUCUCUACCAGCGUGCAGCCACCGGCAGCUUCUCCAGCAAUCCCCCAGGAAGCACCAACAACACUUCCUCAAGCGCCAAUAGCAUACCGGUCAAUUGCCUCGCUAUCUUCAGUAGCGUCCUUGUCUUCGCUCGAUGACUACCAGGAUGAGACUGCCAGCUUCCGUUUCCUGCCUUCUCAGCUUGAAGUCUUCAACGGCUUGGCGAUUAGCAUGCAGAACUGCAGCCGCGGCCUUGCAGCCCUGGCGUUCGGGAGCGUUGUCAUGGACGCCUUCGAGGUCGUCGAGCAUGCACAUCAACACGUAGAGCAUGCCGUACAGCAUGCCGUACAGGCGGCGGUGGAAACCGGGGCGUCUGUUGCGACCGCGCACGGUAGCCAGCCCCUGGCAGGCGGACUCGGACUUCUCCAGGAGGUCGUACAUUCCGUGUCACUAACAGACGUGGCUUUCUGUGUCAAUGAAAUUAUUCCGGCGUUACUCAUUGCGUAUGCAGCAGUUCCCUUUCAGCAGCUGUCACAGAACCCGGAUGAGCCCCACAUGGCCCUGGCGCUCAAGGGAGUGGGUCGCCUGAGCGUCACGCUCCAACAGCUAGCCUGGACCAGCGGCAGUGUGGCGGUGGUGCUGCUGCUCACGGCGGCCGCGGAGUACCCGCCCAUAGUGGGGUGGGCCUCCUGGUCGUGUCUGGCGCUGUCAAUGGCCCGCGGUGCCGCCCUGUGGUGGGUUAUCGCCCAGCACACCACCAGCGGGGCGGAGGUGGCCCGUACCUUGGCGGAGCUCAGGGGGCUCCAGGGGGGGCGUGAGGCCGAACAGAUGAACGUGCUGGACAGGGCGGCCAGUUGGCUGGCGCUGGGGGUGCUGCUGCAGGUGCUGGCGACGUUGGCGUUAGGGGGAGGGGGAAAUAGCCGACUCAGUAGGACACAGAACCUCAUCACGUGCGCACUUCUCAACGCCUCAACCGCCGUUUCAUCAUCAUCAUCAUCAUCAUCAUGCAGCUCAGCUCGUCUAGCUGAGGGUGUGGGUGAGAACUCCAACGGGUGGGUGUCCUCGGUCAUCUUGGCGGCGCAGAAGGCCGCGAACGCCACCGCGCUGUUCACAUCCGCUGCGGCAUUGGACCGGGCGCUCCACAACGAUGGUGGUUACGCCGGCUCGGUGGCCCUGCUGGUGCCCUCCCUGGAGGAGUCCCCCCUCGGUGUGCUGCUGGGGGACGGAGUGAUGCACAUCUCGGCGGACUUGUUGGUGGAGGUGAUGGAGGCGCUGUGA